UGGCGUCCCGCGGUGUGUAUAGCACCAUUCACUUCCUUUAGGUUGAAUUUCUUUCUUUUCAAUGAUCAUGGCUGCACUCAAAUACACCAGCCAUGUUUGCUAAUUUGGAACCUAAAGGUUAGCGAUUACCUGUUUUAUUAUUUUGACCUACGAUCCCCUUUCCGAACUGUACCCGGACUUCCCUCGAAAGCUCAAAGGCACUGGUGUCUUUGAUAAGCAAGGAAUAGGAGGUCAUGGAAGCGGACAACCAUUUUAACUUUGGCGGUCACCCCUCGGCGCCCGCCGGCUCAGGACUGAAGCUUUCCUCGGGGGAGUCUCUCUACACUAACGGGUCCUCGAUGAGCUUCCCCCAGCAAGCGAAGAAUCUGAACGGCGACUUGAAUGUGAACGGCAUCACUACUGUAAUCGGGACCAGCGCGGCUGGGUCCCACAUCUCCUCCCACCCUUCCUACUCCCUGAUGGGCAACCACCAGACCGGCCUGGGCUACGACUACCUGUGGAACCAGUCUCAGUAUGUCCCCGCCAUGGGGGCGGGGCAGGGGGCGGGGCCCGGGGUGGGCGUGCACCACAAGCAGAGCCCAGGAGGCGGGGUGAUGCAGUUGCCCCAGCAACCGCAGCAGCCGCAGCCGCAGCCGCAGCAGCAGCAGCAGCAGCAGCCGGCGCCGCCCCAGCAGCACUUCCAAGGACACGCGCAGUACCAGCUCAACGGGGGCGUGGGGGCGGCGGUGACGACGGCGACGGCGGUCUCGGCCGCUUCAGCUCGGCAGGCCCCCGCCGCGGCGGCGGUGGCGGCCCCACCUCCCAACGUCACCCUGAGAGGGGCCCAGUACUGGAACAGCGGGAGCCCCAGCCACCAGCAGAGCAGCUCCCCCCUGCCUAUGAGUUACAACUCGCAUGGCGUGUACGGGACGUACCCGAGCCAGGUGCAUGCCCAGAUGCCCCCCGCCCAGCAUCACCAGCAGCAGCCCCAGCCGCUCCCCCAUCAUCACCACCACCACCACCACCAGCCUCAGCAGCAGCAGCAGCAGCACUACGGCAUGGUGACCAACGGCAUGCCCUAUUACCCCAUGUCUCAGCCCCAGCGCCAGAUGAUGACCCCCCCCGCACAGGCCUACUCCUCCCCACACGGCAGCCCGCAGCACGUGACCCUGAGCCGGAGCGCUGCGCCCAGCCCCCUCCCUGUGCCAGCGCCACUGCCGCCUGCGCCCGUGACCGUGCCCGUCCCGCCCCCUGUGAGCGCGGCGCCUGAGAACGGAGGAGGAGGAGGAGGAGGUGGCCCCCUGACCCUGGACAGCACCUCGGGCAUGCGUGCGGCUCUGCCCCCCUCCGUCACGCCAGGGCACAUGAGCAGCAGCUACAAUGGCAUGGAGAGAGUAGCAGCCAGGCUCCCCCCCGCCAAGACGGACGUUUUUGCCCCCGAUCCGGCCCCCCUGCAGCCCGUAAGCGAACCCUGCCAUCAGGACAGCUCCCAGCAUGCCCUGCCCAGCUCUGGACGCUCCCCGACUGAGUGCAGGGAGACGGGGCACGCCGUGGGGGUUCCUGUAGAGGCGGCCUCGCGGGAUCCUGAUCACGGGGACCAGAGGAGGGGCUCCCAGCUGGGGGGCGCCUCCCUGGGAAGCCCCUGCCCCUUGGGAGCCGCACUGAGCCAGCCCUCCUCUCCUGGGCCAGGAAGCGACAUGCAGCCGGCAGCCCACCCAGCAGGUCAGACUGCAAGGCGGGACAAAGGAGAGGGGCCUGUGGCCAGCCCUGCCUCGCUCGGGGGGUCCGUGGACGGGCCCCCCCGGGACUGCGACUCCCCUGACGAGUCCUCCCAGAUGGCCGGGUCUCUGGACGACGUCUGCGACACAGAGGACUCCAUGAGCAGCUUCCCUUGCCUGCUGGAGGACUCCGGGCUCGAGGCCCCGGGGGCGGGGGAGUCGCGCUCGGGGGGCGGCGGCUGCUCGGGGGAGGGCUCCCCGCAAGGGGGCGUGCCCGGGGCGGAGGAGGAGUCCCUAGGCGCCAGCUCCGCUGCGGACGACUCCUCCCUCGAGUGCUCGGCCCUGGCGGAGACGGCGCAGAAUGAGUCCGUGGGCGACUCCCUUAACGAGGCCUCGCAAGCGGCCGUUUCCCUCGCCUCCGCCUCGGACAACGCGAUCUCGAACGCCUCCUCUUCCUGCAGGGGUUCGGAGAGCGAGGAGGACCAGGACGCCCCUGGUUCAGUGGCGGUGUCGGAGGAGGAGGAGGAACAGUGGGAUGGGGGGCGGCGCCCCGUUGGCGCACAGGUGUUCGAGAACCGUGCUGCUCCCUCGCUUGACGGCUUGGAUGUGGCUGGGUGUGACGGCGGCGGGGCCUCGCCCGAUCGAGAUUCCCGGUUUUCUCAGGAUGAAUCAAAAAGUGAAAACGGAGGGGAGGAGGCCCCUGCCAAGGUGGAAGUAGGGGAUGGCGGGGAAGAGGAGGAGGAGGAGGAGGAGGAGGGGGAGGAGGAGGAAGACUGGGAAGAGGAAGAGGAGGAGGAAGAAGAGAAGGGCGAAGAGGACAGUGAGGCUCAGGAAGCUCUAGCCCAGGUGCAGGUGUCCUACCACCCCUCCUCCAGAGCGGUACCCCUGCCAUUGAAGGCGAAGAAGCGGGAGAAAGAAGUGGGUGGGGAGAGGGAGGAGACUGGCAGCACCACGCCCACAGGGGAGGUCCAGAGGAGGAGGAUCGCUACAGAAGAGCAAGUUCGGUUUCCUCUUUUGCACGGCUGGAGGCGGGAGAUCCGCAUCAGGAGGAGCGAAAGCCGGCUGAAAGGAGAGACCUGGUACUACAGCCCCUGCGGGAAGAGGAUGAAACAGUUCCCCGAGGUCAUCAAGUACCUCAACAGGCACCAGGGUUUAGGGGUCACCCGGGAGCACUUCAGUUUCAGCCCCAGGAUGCCGGUGGGCGAUUUCUUCGAGGAGCGGGAGACCCCGGAGGGCGUGCAGUGGGUCCAGCUGGCCGACGAGGAGGUGCCCUCCAUGAUCAUGGCCAUCACGGGCAAGCGCGGCCGGCCCCCCAACCCGGACAAGGAGAAGCCCCGGGCUCGGGCGCGGGGGCGCGACAAGGGGGGCUGCCGGCGCCGACCCGGGAGGCCCCCCAAGACCAAGAUGGUGGAUUUGCUGAGCAAGGUGGACGCCAGGCUGCUGAAGAGACUGGAGGCGCAAGAAACGCUUAGUGAGGAAGACAAGGAAAAGCUCAACAAAAUCAAGAAGAAGAUGAAGAGAAAGGCGAGGAAUAAAAGGAAACAAGACGCCAAGAACAAAAAGUUGAAACUGGAGAAGAAGAAGGCAAAGCUGGAGAAGGCCAGGGAGAAGAAGGAGGACAAGGCGGCGGCGCAGGAGCCGGGGCCCGAGCCGCCGGAGGCCAAGAAGCGCCGCUGGAGGAGGAGGAAGGAGACGGGCGAGAAGGCGGGGAAGGAGCGCGUGGAGCGGGAGAAGCGGGGCGCCGGCCGGGGGAAGGCCAAGGCCGAGGCGCAGGCGCAGGCGCUGGCGCAGGCCGAGGUCCUGGCGGAGACGGCGCGCAAGCUGGCGGAGAAGAAGGCCCUGGCGCAGAGGAGGCAGGAGGAGAGGAGGCGGCAGCAGCUGAUCCUGGAGGAGCUCAGGAAGCCCACCGAGGACAUGUGCAUCACCGACCACCAGCCUCUGCCGGAGUUCUCCCGGAUCCCGGGCCUGGUUCUGUCGGGCCGGGCCUUCUCGCACUGCUUGACGGUGGUGGAGUUCCUGCACAGCUACGGGAAGGUGCUGGGCCUGGACGUGCCCAAGGACGUGCCCAGUCUCGGCACCCUGCAGGAGGGGCUGCUGGGCAUGGGCGACAGCCAGGGUGAGGUCCAGGACCUGCUGGUGAAGCUGCUGCGGGCCGCACUGCACGACCCGGGACUGCCUCCAUACUACCAGUCGGUGAAGAUCCUAGGGGACAAAGUGGCCGACCUGGAUCUGAAUCGCAGCAGCGUGUCGGAGGGGCUGCGGAUCUUCCUGGAGGCGUACGGGUUUGAGGCAGAAGUCUGCGACAGCCUGCGGACCAAGCCCUUCCAGGCCCAUCCUCCCGACGUCAAGGCCGCGGUACUGGCCUUCCUGGUCGACGAGCUCAACGGCAGCAACAUCGUCAUCAGCGAGAUCGACAGCACGCUGGAGAACAUGGCCACCUACAGGAAGAACAAGUGGAUCAUUGAGGGGAAGCUGCGGAGGCUGAAGGUGGCCCUGGCCAGGAAGACGGGGCGCUCGGAGGUGGAGCUGUGCCUGGAGGACCGGCGGCGCAGCGCCCGCGUGGCCGAGGAGGAGAGUCUGACGCUGGAGGAGAGCGGGCCACUGGAGCGGAGCGGGCGCCGCGCGCGCAAGGAGGACGCCAAGCUCAGCGAGGGGGAGAGCCCCUCCACCGCCAGCGUCCCCGAGCUGGAGCGACAGAUCGAUAAGCUAACCAAGCGGCAGGUGUUCUUCCGGAAGAAGCUGCUGCAGUGCUCCCAUUCCCUGCGGGCGGUGUCUCUGGGUCAGGACCGGUACCGGCGCCGGUACUGGGUCCUCCCCCAUGUGGGUGGGGUGCUGGUCGAGGGUCCGGAGGAGAUCCAAGGUGAGGUGGUUCUCCGGCAGGACAGCCUGGGUCUGUGGUUCUGGCUGUCAUCGUUACCUCCCCCUCCCCCUGUGGCGGUGGCCCCCCAGCCGCUCCUGGAGGACCCCCUCCCCGGCGAGGCCUCCCUGAUGAGCAGCCCCCGGAGCCGGGGCCGCCCGCGCAAGAUCAAACCGGAGGUGGAGCUGCACCUGCGCGCCGCCAAGAACCGCCGCCGGCGUCGCAGCAGCAAGGCCGCGGCGGCCGAGGACACGCCGGAGCCCCCCGGCGGCGCCGGCCCGGCCCAGCAGGACCUCAACCAGUCCGCCUUCCUCUCCUGGCUGAGCCAGUCGCAGGGCUCCCCGGCCAACGGCGAGGAGGCGCAGGCCGCGGCCGAGGACAGCGUCAAGGAGAUGGCGGAGAAACGCGGCCAGUGGUUCAACCUGCUCCCCAAAACGCCCUGCGACCCCUCCUCCCUUUCCCAAGCCCCUUCAUCCGGAGACGCUCCUCCCAGCGCGACCCAGGCCAGCCUGCCAGCCCACACUGCCUCGCUCCUGCAGUGUCCCGUGUCCCUGGCUCCCAGUUUGGACCUGAGCGCCCCGCUGGUCUGCUCCACUCCGCUGCUCAAGCCGGACCGCCGGAGGAGGAGGAGGGGCAGCAGCCCCGCCCAGAAUCCCGGGGACCCCUCCGCCCUGGGGUUCUCCCUGCCAGGGGGCACCAAGCGGCGGGGCCGCCCCCCCAGCAAGCUGCUACGCCAGAUCGAGCAGAAGUACUUCACUCAGCUCGUCGCCCAGCCCAUCCCUGCAGAGAUGAGGAGGGGCUGGUGGUGGAUCCGGGACCCCGAGGAGCUGGCGGCUCUCCUGCGAGCACUGCACCCCCGCGGCAUCAGGGAGAAAGCGCUACACAAGCACCUGUCCAAGCACAUGGAGUUCCUGUCCGAGGUCUGCACGCGGCCCAAGAACGGUGCGCACACGCAGGGCCAGGAUCUGCUCUGGGAGGAGAAGGACCCCAUAUUCCAGCUGACCCUGGACGAGUCCAGCCCGGUGUGCCAGGCGAUGCGAGAGCAGUGGGACGUGUGCGCGCGCACCAUGGAGAUGGACCUCCAUGUGCUGCAGUGGGUGGAGGACGUGGAGCAGCGCGUCCUUGCCGCCGACCUCCAGCUCAAGAUGGUUCCCCACUGCGGAAGGAGCGACACUGACAGUAUCGCGGAUUCCGCCUCCCCGGGACAUCAGGGUUGGACCUUACCAGAACUGGACUCGACCCGGGAGGACCUGCAGUACCACGAGCACAAGGUGGACCCAGCGGACGACUGGAUCAUCAAGACCAAGAAGGAGUGGUCGGACUUCCUGCGGCUCGGCACCAACCCCCUGGACGUGGCGGUCCUGCGGCUGGCGGCGCUGGAGCGCAACAUCGAGCGGCGGUACCUGAAGGAGCCGCUCUGGAACCUCAGCGAGGUGCAGAAGCUGGCGCCCCUGACGCCCCCCGUCCCCGUGCCCGGGGAGGAGCCCAGGGUGGACGUCGAGAGCGUGGAGAGCGAGAUCACCCCCAGGCUGCGGCUGUGGAGGCAGUCGCUGGACCGGUGCCGCAGCGCCGCCCAGCUGGCGCUGUGCCUGCUGCAGCUGGAGAGGGCCAUCGCCUGGGAGCGCUCCGUCGUCAAAGUGACGUGUCUGGUGUGCCGCAAGGGCGACAACGAUGAGUCCCUCCUGCUGUGCGAUGGCUGCGACCGGGGCUGCCACAUGUACUGCCUGCGCCCCAAAAUGACUGCCAUCCCUGAGGGGGACUGGUUUUGCCCCGUCUGCAUCUCCAAGGCGAACGGCGAGUCUCCGCGGCGACGGAAGCAGCCCUCGCGGGGGCAGAAGCGCCGCGGUGGCGGCUGGUUCAGCUCCGGCAGCUCGGAGGAGGACGAGAGCCCCAGGCGGGGCGGGGGGAGCAUGCAGACGCGGCGGAGGGAGGGGCCCUCCUACGCACACUCCCGCUACUCAGGGGACAGCGGCCACUCGCCCUCAAAACGCAGGCGCAUGGCCACGCGCAACCAGCCCGACCUCACCUACUGCGAGAUCAUCCUGAUGGAGAUGGAGUCUCACAGUGAUGCCUGGCCCUUCCUGGAGCCCGUGAACCCCCGGCUCGUCCCAGGGUACCGCCGCAUCAUCAAGAAUCCCAUGGACUUCCUCACCAUGCGGGAGAGGCUACUGCAAGGAGGGUACUGCAGCUGCGAGGAGUUUGCCGCCGACGCGCAGCUGGUGUUCGACAACUGCCAGCUGUUCAACGAGGACACGUCGGAGGUGGGCAUGGCAGGGCACUCCAUGAGGAAGUUCUUCGAGAGCCGCUGGGCCGAGUUCUACCAGGGCAAAGACAAGUGACGCCUGGGAGGGAGGGAGGAAGGAAGGCCGGGCGAGAGGCGGGGUGGGGCCCUGGGGGCUGGGGGGCGCUGAGGCCUGACCCUCUGGUGGGCCCCUCAGGAGCCCCACCCUGUCGUGGACGCUGGAGGUUUUCUCCCCACUACUACUACUACUAUUACUACUACUACUGCUACUGGAGCCCCGCGGGGCCUGCAGCAUAUACAUAUAGAUAUGAAUAUAUGUAUAUUUCUAUAGAAGGUGGUUUUUCCAGUCUUUAUAAACCCCUCCCCUGGUUCUGGCCUGUUCACGCGCACCUCUCCGCAGGAAGGGAAGGCACUCCUGCACCCUCUUCCCCUCUCCAGCUUCUCUCAGGACUACGUCGAAGCUUGGGGCCCCCUCCCGCUCCCCUGCCCUGCUGGCUCCCCCUCGUGCCCCGGCUGGCCUCCUGCUCCUCUGCGAGGUGGGGGGGUCCGUGCGCAGGGAGCUGGUGGGGUGGGGGGGGGGAGGAGGAGGAAGAGGAGGAAGAGGGAGGCGGGCGAGAGCCCGUCGUAGACUCGCACUCCGCCGUUCUUCCGGGUGCUGGCCCAGAGAAACUCCAGUCCGCGUUCGAACCCCCCGCGCUCUGGGUAGUGGGGCGGCGCUGGGGGCUUGGGGCGCAGGGCGUGGUCGGGGGGAGCUUCCCGGUCCCCCCGGGAUUUGCCGAGCCGCGCCUCCCUUGCUGCGUUCGGGUGAGACGUCGAGCCGAGGUCCCGUUGCCGUGGAAUCGGCGCCACAGAUCGCCCGCUCCUGGCCUCCCUGCCCACGCUCCGCACAGGAGUGGGCUCUGUGGCCUCUGCCCUCGGGGGGCGUGGUUCCCAGACGGACCGGGCGGCAGUCCCUGGGCAGGGCGGGCCUGACGGCGCUGGGCCAGCCUGAGCAGGGACACCCCCAUCGUCGCCGGGACUCUGGCAGCCCACCGCUUCCCUUCUCCAGAGUGGGUGUGGAAUAUCCCUUUGUCGGAAGAAUGUCAUGUAGCAGUCCCAUGACUGGAUGUCUGUUAUUUUUUUUAAAACCUAUAUAUAAAAGGUCAAAGGUUAGCAGGGGUUAUUUCAUAGCAAUAGGUUAAUAGUGACUGUGUACAGAGCACAUAUUAGUGAUGUCUAGGGAAUGCAUUAAAUGGCCAGUAAAAAAAGAAAAAAACUGAAAAAUAUGAAAUUUCUGCUCUUGUUGUUUCAAAGGCUGUCCUGUUCCGUCGGACAGCAAACUUCCCAGAAUGCCAUGCUGCUAGACACACAGUACUGUUAUUAGGUAUUGGAGGAUGGUUCUUUGUUUUUUUUUGUUGCUGCUUUUUAUUUUUGGGAAUGGCGCGAGGAGGGCCCAUCGUUUCGAACCCCUUUGACGUUUUAGGUUCGCAGAGGAGUCGUUGGCGUUGUUUGAACAAGGUGCUGAAAGGGAGUUGUGCAUCUUGGGAAUCCAGACCUGUGCUUUUGGUGGAAGUUGGGAUUUGGCGACUGAAAUCUUUCUUUUGCCCUCAAACUUGGUUGACGGCAACUGGAGCGAACGCUCGCUGCAGACCUGAUCCGUCUGCCAGAUCCGAUCCGAUCAGCAGGAGAAUCCCCAGUCCGGCUGUUAACAGUUCUGGGGUGUGUGUGUGGGGGUGUGUGGUUAUUCUGCAGUUCUGGCCUGCGGUGUCUUAAAACCACCAAUAUCCAAUCUUAACCAGGGUCAGGACUGGUUAAAGGUGAGAAACUGAGCCCCGGUUUUAACUCGGUGUUGGUCCAGCUGGGUAAGAGUUCAGGAAAGCCCAGAGCUGGGUCUGAGGGCAGGGUUGUUAGGAUUUCUCAGUUCAGAUUUGUUCAGUACCCUGGGGGGUUUAUCCAACAUGGAUGGGCUGCUGAAGACUUCAGAAUAAAAUUCCUCUCUAGCUCUGUAAUCGGAGAGCUAAGUGUUUUUUUAGUGUAUUUCAGAAGACGUUCAGGCCUUGAUGAUUGUGGGGAGAGGGCUAAAUAGCAUUAACCUUGUUUUCCUGAUUGUCUGCACUAUAAUCAGUCAGGGCAUUAACUAUCCAUCAGUUGUAGCAGAUGAGUUGCGCAGUAGGAACUCAGUUGAGUUCCUAGUGAAGGUCUAGUGAAAGCAAGGCAGCACAUGCAACCAGGACUUUUAUGAACUCCCAAGAUAAUUAGCCAGGUGUGCUUUGUCUUUACAGAAACACCUGGGGGAGUUCACAAACUCCCUGGUUUCACGUUCUUCCUGAGACCCAUAAAAAGGGCUGACGCUGGCCGCCGUUGUCCACAUCACCGACCCUGUUCUGCGUGGGUGGUACAGGCCCAGAGCUUGCCCAAAAAUAACAGCUCCUCGCGAAGCCGGAGAGAUAAAAUCCUGGCAGGUGUAAACGUUACUGAUGAGGAGCACGCCCCCUGUGAAAGCGAGAAGGUGUUGGGGGGAUGUCAGAGUCGGGGUGACCUCUUGGCGUGCAUCUCGUCAGGGGAAUCGCGAGCUUGAACGGCCCCCUCCCACCGCACGCCACCGGGAACGCGGUCCUCUCCUCCGCGGCCACGGCCACUCGGCGGCGAUCGGGGAACACGGGGUCUCCGCGAGGGUGUCCCUUCCUUCGGGCUGAUCAGCAGGACGGCCCAGGACGUUGCUGGUCAGGGACCCUCCUGGAUCCUCCUUCCUUGAGUGGCUGUGAAACCAGCUUGGCUGGUUCAGUUUGGACACUGCGGCUGUUUUUCAGAAAAUCUGACCUCCUUGUAGACGCACCUACCCCCUCGCUUCCCUUUAUACCCCCUUCUCCUCCCCGCUCUGCCUCCGUCUGACCCUCACCUCCCACUCUGGCGGCACAGCAACACUAACACGCUGCCCGGCAACCAGAACUGAUGAAAUUCGGCGCUGUCCCGAAUGAACUAGUCUUCCUCGAGGGCGCGUUUGCCCGUUGAAAGCGUGGGUGCGCCCGGUGGCGUGAAACUCUUCCAGUGACCUUUCCCCCUUGGACUCUCCCUUGAGUGUGUCCCGAGAGUAAGGAGAGAAGUGGGAAACGUGGAUUGGGAUGUCCUCGUUCAGGGAAGCACGAUCGGGUUGCAGUACUGGAGGUACUGGUUAUUUACGGUAGUCCUGGAGCCUGAAGACCCCAGACUCUCGGUAGGGUCGAAGAGCUCCUAGGAGGUCAUCACGCUAGUGGGUAGAGACGGCGUCUGUCCUGCUCGACACGUCGGGGGGGGGGUUGAGGUUCUGGUGUCCAAGCCCAGGUUCUUCAGAACCUUGGCCAGGCAGAGAUUUCAGGAUGUUGUGCAUCUAGGUUUUUACUUCGUUGAUCAUUCCCCAUCCUAAAAGAAGCUGCCCUGUUCCUCGUGCUAAAGGGUCAGGGGUUUGUAUGAAAGGCCCUGGGGGGAGGGGAGUCCAGGUGGCGCUGUCGCCUCCUGCGCGGUAGCAAAGCUUUACCAGCUCGGCCGGCACCUCCCCGCCACGCGCCAGAGACCCGUCUUCUUCUCCGUUGUUGGUUUUUGUGUCGGAUGGUGUUGAAGCAUCGGUUUCUCUUGGUUCGGUCGAAUUCCUGGCGCUGAGAAGCGGAGCGCGAGAGGGUCCGAUUCCGUCACUUCUGUGGCGUGGGCAGGUGUAGGCGUGAGAGGGUUUUGGGGGCGGGGGCACCCUGUUCUGCAAAGUACUCAUGGGGUCGGGCAGGUUAUUGCUUUCUCUGGAGCCGUAGCUUUGAUAUUGCCUGUUUCGGGAAGGCCUGCAGGGGGCAGCGUAGAGCAGCGGACGUGGAUGCGAGGAUUGCCGAUUGGAAGGUUGGGGGGGGCUCGGGGCUCCAGCGCAGACACUGCUGCCGCUGGCAGGCUGCUUAAGGGUGGUCGCCCCCCAGCGGCCUCUCGGAUUCUUGAAAGGGAGGAAAGCUGGGCAGCAGGGCUGACGAUACGUCUGCGUCCUUUACACACUUGGCGUCUUGCUGGAGGGCGAAACGAAUCCGUACCCAAACCCGGAACGUCCAUGCUCACCCCGACCGAUCCGGGGGCUCCUCUCGGUAGGGGGAGGAGCCAGUUCUUCCAUGAUGGAGCUCCGCACGCCGUCUGCCGAGGAAGUUUCAGUGUCUUCUCCUCCGCCGUCAUGUUUUCCGUUUCUAUGACGACUGCGGCCUGCUCUUGUUUUAAUAGUGUUUCUUUUAACGUUGAGUUCAGUCUGCUCUUGGGUGUUAAGAGCCUUCUAUUUAUUUAUUUAUUCAUUCGUCUUUUUUGGAUUUUGAUCUUCUGUUCCUCCAAAACCCACAAAUUAACUUCGCACUGAAUUAGCAAGAGCUUGGUUCGGGAGGGGUAAUAAUUCUGAGAAAACUAAAUCGAAGUGGUUUUAUUUCCAAGUUCCGAUGUGUUUGAACGUGCUUGAGCUUUCGGUUUCUGACACUGACGUGAAACUGGUCUCUACUGGUCUGCGACGAAAUAAAAAAAAAUAGGAAAAGAUGAAAAAAAAGGUUCCUUUUAACACAAAAGGGACAUACUUUUCUAUAACCAAAAUGUGGUGUUUAGUGAAUAAUUUUUAAUAAUGUACAGUUUUUUGUGACUUUAAAUUUAUUCCUUUCUAUAUUUUUAGGACCAAUAUAUCAUUUUUAAGAGAAGGCAUUAAAAGGAAUCUCUGAAACAUGUUGUACUGAUGUGAUGUGACACGUCUGCAUCUGUAGAAUGUACUGUGAGUUGAAUAAACCACAUUAGUAGAGAGAGAAUUAA